GACCUCGCGAAAUAAAAGUGCAGAAACAAACCGGUGGCUCCCAGAGCGGCCGGGGCGGGCGCGGCGGGAGCCCCCAACGCAGCGCAGCGCUAAAAGCGCGGAGCAGCGCAGAACCCACCUGCCUUGGGAGUCAGCACCACUCGGCUCCUCGCUCCGCACCUUUUUCCCCUCCGCGUACUGAGCUCUUGAUACACAUAUAUUUCCUUUUUUUUUUUGUUUCAUCCCGCCCCCCGGCUUUUCCUCCAGGACUUUUCCACCGCCUUGGGACACCCGCAAACUUCUCCCUCGCUCCCCCUUCCCUCCUUCGCUGGUGGUUUUGUGCUUGUUUUGGUUUUGUUUUGCUACUUCCAAUUGAUUUUUCUGAGGGAAGACCCGCCUGCUUUUCGCCUCCCGUGCCCCACCGGAGAGGCCGGGAGCGGCUCCGGCAGCACCUCCCCGGCGCACCGCGUGUGAGUCCGGCCCGGCCCGGCUCGGAGCGGCGCGGCCCGGCUUGGCUCGGCACGGCACGGCUCGGGCGUUCGCCCCCGAUAAUGCAGAGCUACAAGUACGAUAAGGCGAUCCCGCCGGAGAGCAAGAAUGGGGGCAGCCCGGCGCUGAACAACAACCCGGCCAAGAGCAGCAGCAAGAAAGCCCUGCUCAUCUGCCUCGACUUUCUCUGCCUCGUCAUGGCUGGGUUGCCCUUCCUCAUCAUUGAAACAAGCACAAUCCAGCCCUACCAGCGGGGCUUCUACUGCGAUGACGACAGCAUCAGGUACCCGCUGAAGUCGAUGGAGACUAUCAACGAUGCAGUGCUGUGUGCCGCGGGCAUCCUCAUCGCCAUCCUCGCUAUUAUAACGGGGGAGCUCUACCGCAUCCACUACCUGAAGGAGAAGUCAAGGUCCUUCAUCCAGAACCCCUACGUGGCAGCACUCUACAAGCAGGUGGGAUGCUUCGUUUUCGGCUGUGCCAUCAGCCAGUCCUUCACAGACAUUGCCAAAGUGUCCGUGGGGCGCUUGCGGCCGCAUUUCCUGGAGGUUUGCGAUUUGGAUUUCUCCACCAUCAACUGUGCUAAGGGAGUUUACAUCCAGAACUACACCUGCAGGGGAAACGACAGCAAGGUCCAGGAAGCCAGGAAAUCCUUCUUCUCCGGGCACGCGUCCUUCUCCCUCUACACCAUGCUGUAUUUGGUGUUUUAUCUGCAGGCCAGAUUCACGUGGAAGGGAGCCCGCCUGCUCCGUCCCCUCCUCCAGUUCACCCUCAUCAUGAUGGCGUUUUACACCGGCCUGUCCCGUGUGUCAGACCACAAGCAUCACCCCACUGACGUGCUGGCAGGCUUUGCACAGGGAGCCCUGGUGGCUUACUGCGUGGUCUUUUACGUCUCAGAUCUCUUCAAGCCCAAGACAAAGACUUGCCUGCCUCCACCACCCAUCCGGAAGGAGAUCCUUUCACCUGUGGACAUCAUUGAACGGAAUAACCAUCACAACAUGGUGUAGACCUUUGAGAAAUUGGAUGGGUGUUGUAUUUUAUUUUAUUUUUUUCUUUUUUUUUUG